AUGGAAAUUCCAAUUAAGUAAAAGUCAUAUCAAGAUUAGCCAGAUCUCAGAUCGAAAUACAGCAUGCAUUUCACUGAUAACAUGGCUGAACCCUAUGAUGAUCAUUAUUCUCAUAAUCUCCUCGAAGCGCCGCAAAUGAACUUUAACAGAAGAGGAAGCUACAUCUCUUAGUAUACAGAUAGAAACUCAGAUGGCUCGCAAGAAAAAUACUAGGUGAAUGAUGGGGCCAGGGCGAAUAUAAAGCUGAUGGCUAACUUUGAAGUGACUUAAUAAGCCACCUCAAGAUUGGACUAUGAUGAACCCAAGUUAAACUACUCAAUUGAGCCUCCGCAAUACAUGUUUGAAAGAAAGGAAAAGUAGUAUAAGGAGGUGCCUGACAAAUGGAAUGCUGUCUACAUAUUCAUGGUGCUGUUUGGAAUUGGAAGUCUGACGCCUUUCAGUGCUAUAACAACAGCGAUAGAAUACUUCAAUAAAAGUACUAGAAUAUUUUUCUGCUUCAGUAUAAGUGCAGGGUUAUGCACUGCUUUGCCACUCAUAGUCUAUUUCCUUCCAGAUAAUAUAGCUUGGAUCCUAAGUAUAGUAAUAAUGGUAUUUUUGGGCAUAUGUAUGGCAGUUUUAAGUAGCUCAUUAGCAGGUUUAGCAGGUAUUUUACCUCCUCGCUAUAUGUCAGCAUUUAUGCUAGGCAUAUCCCUUAAUGCAGUAGGCCCCUUGAUAUUAAGAGUUAUUACUUUAGCUUAUUUCGGCUUACUAGAUGAGGUGAAGUACUUCUUUGGAGCUUUGGUAUUUUUCGCAUCAACAGGUGCUUUCAUGCUAAUUCUAGCAUUCGGCAUACUCUUUGUGAUAAGAUAGGAUGUAAUUAUCUUUAAUCUCGUUCAGACAUUGGAGGAUAUCAAAGACUAGGAUGAGGACUAUGAUAAUUAGAAUGUGAACAAACUGAUAGAUGCAAAUAACACCUUAGAGUUUAAUGACGCUGUGUUUUAAUGUGUGCAGGCAUAGAACAAGAUGACUUCGCUGAGGGAUGUUUGGACUACUUUCAAGCAAAUUUGGAUUGAGUCUUUAUGUCUGUGCUUAGUCUAUGUGACCACUAUGGUCUGCUAUCCUGGUAUAAUCCUGCAGACACAUUUUACUUUCAUCAGUGAUGAAUCAUGGUUUCAAGUAGCCAUGCUCUCUCUGUAUUCUAUUGCAGAUAUAGCAGGGAGGUUCUUCACUAAGUAUCUGUCGACUAAGCCGUCCCGUUUCAAUGAGGAUCCUAAGGAGCUCUUUGACUCAGACUGGUUUAAGAUAAUAAACAUACUCUUCAUAGGAUUUGGAAAUGGAUUCUUGGGAACGAUACUAAUGAUGAUUGGGCCUUACAAGGUCAGCAAUAUGGAAUCUGAACGAGCGGGGUAAAUUAUGGCAUUGUUCAUGACUGUUGGAAGAGGUGUCGGGUCCAUGAUAUCUGGAGUGGGUCUUUAUAAUACAUUCAAACUCAUCCAAGAGAGCAUAAGAGAGAAUUACAAUGACAUUAAUUUCUUCAAGUGA